AUGACCAAGACUGAGAUCUAUAGCCAGGGCGUUGCCUACUUGCUGAAGCUGGAAGACUGUAAUAGAGGGAUCAAAGAACCCAUUGCUGAAAUUGGGAACAAGCUCUAUGCUUGCAAGAAUUUAUUAGAAGAGGUGAAGAGCCACAGCAACCUAAUCAUGGUCGACAAGUAUGCAGUGGAUGUUCGGAAAAAAGAAUACGAAUGCGCGAAAUGGAAGGCAGUGGCGAUGAAGGAACUCUGUAAUAGCAUAAUGUGCCAUACGUAUCAGAUUUCCAAGCUUGGAAUGACAGCUGAGUUUAAGAGGAAGCAAAUCACCGAAGCAGCCUCUGCUGCUAUCUGA